AUCUAAUAUUUAUAUAAAAAGCUAAAUUUCGACUGACAAAUUCACAGAACGAACGAUGUGGUUUGCGUGGAAAGUGUUGGCGGCCUGCUUGCUGCUGCAAAGCGUUUGCGCAUUUGUACGACUGAAUAACGAGCAAACCAUCCCAAAAGGUGAACAAGCUUUGCGAGAGAAUGAAGAAACUUUGUUCAAAGCAAUCUACACACCGAACAAGCCAAGGCAUUUUCCCAUAGACAACAACAUUUCAAAUGAAAUCGAUCAGGAAAUCUGCCGCGAUAUUUAUGACGGUCAAGUGGAGCGCUAUAUGUAUGUUAGAGGUUUUGACAUCAGAAACUGUCUGCGCAUCAACACUUUUAUGCUGGACAUUUAUGUGCAGCUUUAUGGCGUUGACGAGUUGGAGCUACAUUUCUUGGAAGGCAUUGAAAGGUGUUCUCUCCUGAACUCAACUAACCGCAAACUGAGCUGUAACUCGGGCUUGAUCAUCAGACUAUUUCAGGCAAUCGAUUACCUCCCAGCAAGCGUACCAGUGGGCAGAGAACUAUGUGUACGCCAGAAAUUUGAGUACUUAUUGCGGGAUUUGGGAAAAGCAACUUUAAAAUACGAAGGAUGUUUGUCAGCGUUAUCGAAUAAUACCACCAGUGGACCACAAUGGAAUAGUACUUACGCACCACCACAGUGGAACACAACUUGGGCUCCACCACAGUGGAAUAGUACUUGGGCUCCUCCACAAUGGAACACAACUUGGGCUCCACCACAGUGGAAUAGUACUUGGGCUCCUCCACAGUGGAACACAACUUGGGCACCACCACAGUGGAAUAGUACUUGGGCUCCUCCACAGUGGAAUAGUACUUGGGCUCCUCCACAGUGGAACAGUACUUGGGCUCCACCACAGUGGAAUAGUACUUGGGCACCUCCCCAAUGGAACACAACUUGGAUUCCUCCACAAUGGAAUACAACUUGGGCUCCACCACAGUGGAAUAGUACUUGGGCACCUCCCCAAUGGAACACAACUUGGACUCCUCCACAAUGGAAUACAACUUGGGCUCCACCACAGUGGAAUAGUACUUGGGCUCCUCCACAAUGGAACACAACAUGGACUCCUCCACAAUGGAACACAACUUGGACUCCUCCACAGUGGAAUAGUACUUGGGCACCACCACAGUGGAAUAGUACCUGGGCUCCUCCCCAAUGGAACACAACUUGGGCACCACCACAGUGGAAUAGUACUUGGGCACCUCCCCAAUGGAACACAACUUGGACUCCUCCACAAUGGAAUACAACUUGGGCUCCACCACAGUGGAAUAGUACUUGGGCUCCUCCACAAUGGAACACAACAUGGACUCCUCCACAAUGGAACACAACUUGGACUCCUCCACAGUGGAAUAGUACUUGGGCACCACCACAGUGGAAUAGUACUUGGGCUCCUCCCCAAUGGAACACAACUUGGGCACCACCACAGUGGAAUAGUACUUGGGCACCACCACAGUGGAAUAGCACUUGGGCACCACCACAGUGGAAUAGUACUUGGGCUCCUCCACAAUGGAACACAACUUGGGCACCACCACAGUGGAAUAGUACUUGGGCUCCUCCACAAUGGAAUACAACUUGGGCUCCACCGCAGUGGAAUAGUACUUGGGCUCCUCCACAAUGGAACACAACAUGGACUUCUCCACAAUGGAACACAACUUGGACUCCUCCACAGUGGAAUAGUACUUGGGCACCACCACAGUGGAAUAGUACUUGGGCUCCUCCACAAUGGAACACAACUUGGGCACCACCACAGUGGAAUAGUACUUUGAUUCCUCCUCAAGGCAACUCAACUUGGGCUCCACAAUGGAACACUACCUCACUCCCUGCAAACAGCACACUAGUUCCAAGUAAUACAACAGUAGCUAGUGCAAUUUCCAACACAACAGAAAGCAAUAUCAGUGCUGAAAAUGUGCCUUGGUGGAAGAAGAUUUGGCAUAAGCUUGGAAGCAUCUUUUAACCGUUCUCACGUAACUUAAUUCAGUAACCUGGAAUUUAAAAUAGAAUAAAAUUAUUGUGUGGAAAAAAUUAAA